GUUCUGUGGUUGCCUUGAUGGUUGAUGUUUGAUGAUGAUGUUUGAUCCGUAAAGAAUGGCUUUGGCGGUGGUGAAUGCUAAUAAUGUUGAUAUUAAAAUGGAUAAUAUAAUAAAUAAAUCGAAUUUGGAUAAAAUAGAAAGUUUUUUGAACGAUCCCCAAUAUAAAGAAGUUCUGGAAAGCUCAGCAAAUUACAAUACUCGACUAUGUAUAGAACGAAGGAUGCGCCUACCAUUUAUAGAUACACAAACUGGGGUUGCACAAAACCAUUCAUCCUUAUUCAUGCACCCUAGACAGAGAAUUCCAGGAUUGUUGCCUGGUCAAAUAUAUUCUUAUCCUAGACCUAGAUGGAGAAAAAAACGGAGACAAUAUCUUACUAUGAAUUCUAGAGCAUUUGCUAGAACAGCAGAUUCAAUAUUAGAUGAAGGAGAAGUACAUAGCAUUUCCCAAGUAGAAAAUCCAGCUCUUCUAGAUACCGAUAGUAAAGAUAGUCAAUUAUUGAAAGAUGAGGUGCCAAAGGAAUGGUAUUAUGAUGAGCAAGAUAUGCUAGAAAUGGAAGCUUAUGAUGAACCAGAUCCUGACUCAGAUUUAGAUUAUGAAGAAACUUAUAAAAAAGGAAGGAAGAAGAAAGGCACAGGCAGGGGGAGGGGUACAGACUCUCCUAGUACACCUGGACGUAAAAAAAGUUCAGCAAAUGCAGGUAGAGGAAGAAAAAAAGGUGGUCAUAGUUUUGAACCUACUCCUGGAGAUCCAGAUAAGCCAUUUGCUUGUGAACUGUGUGGAGCGCGUUACAAGACGAGGCCGGGGUUGACGUACCACUACGGACAUUCUCACAAAGAGGGCGCUAGCGACGAUAACUCGCGCGACAGUAAUGCCUCUACCCUGACUCCGAUGAACGUGGCUAUGCCACCAGCACCUGGCCCAUCGGGCUUGCCUGUUCCCUUUUCAGGCGUUCCUGGUCAGGGUGUGCAACCCAUGCAAGGCGUUGUGGGGGGCAAUAGUAUGGGAGGGAUGGGGGAGGUGGCGUCGCCAGUGCCGACGCAUGGGGGGCAGCCGAAUCCAGGACAGGUCUAUCAAGAUAGUUAUGUUUCCUUUCUGAACCAGACACCCGGUUCCCAACCAAGGGCCCGUAACCGCGCGGGCCAGGGCCCACCAAUAGGCGCCCCUCCGGGCAUUCAGCCACCCCCGAUGUCCAUGCCGCAGGCGGCCCCGCUCCCCCCGAAUCUACCCCCCUCUCAGCCCCCGAUGCCAUCCAUGCCGCAGCACCCGCCGCCGAACAUGUCAUCCGAAGAACCCCAGAUGCCGGUGCUUCCGCCGGAAAACCCCGUCGAACCCCCGCCCCCAGUGCCGGCAGAAGGCCCUCCUCCCAAAGAGGGGGGGCCGCCCAAGGCGGGCCCCAGCCCCUACUGCGACUUCUGCCUGGGCGACAGUAGGGAGAACAAGAAGACAGGGUGUCCGGAGGAACUGGUUUCAUGCUCCGAUUGCGGAAGAUCAGGUCAUCCAAGUUGCCUUCAAUUCACCCCAAACAUGAUGAUAUCAGUAAAGAAAUAUAGAUGGCAGUGUAUCGAAUGCAAAUGUUGCUCCGUUUGUGGAAACUCUGAUAACGAUGACCAGUUAUUGUUUUGUGAUGAUUGCGAUAGGGGAUACCACAUGUAUUGCUUAACGCCACCAUUAGAAAACCCGCCAGAAGGAUCUUGGUCUUGCAAAGUUUGUGUCAACAUAUUCCACAAGUGAAAUGUAUGAUAGUUUGAAUUCACAUAGAAAUUAAGUAUCUUUUGUGUAAACAUUGAAAUUCUGUUGAUAUUAAAUGCUAGGUUUCUCAGUUCAAAAAAAGAACAAAUUAAAUACUUAAGAAAUUUAAUUUUUUAAUAAAAAUGUUGAUUUUGAUACUUAAGCUAACACAAAUUAUUUUAUUGCUAACAUUUUGAGGUUCAGUUUGGUGCAUGAAUUGGGAGAGAAAACAUGUAAAAGGAAAAGACAUGAUGUAAUUUUGAAUAAAAAGAAAUACUUUUGUUA